AUGUCCUGGAUUCCAGUUUGGCUCCUGCUACUUGCCCAGUGCGCAGGUGGUGGCCCUCAGCCGGCCUUGCACCAGCCACCGUCCGUGUCUUCGGCCCUGGGGACCACGGUCCGUCUCGCCUGCACCCUGAGCCGGGACCACAGCGUGGGACUACACAGCAUCUCCUGGUAUCAGCAGAGGCUGGGCCACCCGCCCAGGUUCCUGCUGCGGUACUUCUCCCACUCCAACCAGGGCCACGGCCCCGGGAUCCCUCCUCGCUUCUCCGGAUCCAAGGACGUGGCCCAGAACAGCGGCUACCUGAUCAUCUCGGAGCUGCGGCCGGAGGAUGAGGCUGUGUAUUAUUGCGCCAUGGGCAGCCUGGAGGAGGAGAUGGAGAGGAAGAGGGGGGAGGAAGAGGAGCCUGCGGCCUCAGGGUCCCAGGUGCCCAAGGACAGCGCGCCUUGAGGCGGAGACCAGGAUCGGCAACCCCUUAACUUGGAGAGAGGCCGGCUUGGGGGGAAGGAGGUGCCCCCUGCCAGUCCCAGGAGUCCCCGAGCCGCCCCGGAGUGUGUCCUGGCACAGGCGGUGUUGCUGGAAGCCCCCCGGGUUGGAGGCUGGGGUAAGGGAUUAAA